AUGAAGUUGGCACCCAAUACUGCAAAGACAGACAGUAGGACACAGGAGCUCCACUCAGCCUUGGAGGAGUCCUUUUGGUCAAAAGCCUUCAAGCCCAGGGACAUAGCAAAGAAGAUCAUGCUGGAGCACAACCAGAAGGGUCAAACCAGAAGGUCAAUGCACACUCCCUGGUGCUAUCUGGAGAUGUGCAGGGCCCCACCCCCGCCUCCCGCCAAACCCCCACCUCCCCCGCCGGCGCCGCCACCUCCACCCCCGCCCCCGCCGCGGCCGGUGGCCUGGCGCAAAUCCAGGCGCAGAUCCAGGCCUGUAUCCAGACCCCAAACACGAAAAAGCUGCUCUAGUGACCAAGGCUACUCUGGGGAUCUAGAUGUCGCAGAGAACAGGUUACUGGAGGUUUGGUCUGAUAGGGGUCCCACAGGCUGUUCUCAUGUAGAGAGCUUUAAAGUAGCUAAGAACUGGCGGAAGAACCUGCGGAUGAUCUAUCAGCGUUUCAUUUGGAGUGGGACACCGGAAACUAGGAAACGUAAGGCAAAGUCCUGCAUCUGUCAAGUAUGUAAUACCCAUAAGAACAGACUCCACUUGUGUCUCUCCUGUGUGUAUUUUGGAUGCUUUACUGAAAAGCACAUCCAUAUACAUGCAGAAACAAAACAGCAUAAUUUAGCAGUUGACCUCUAUCAUGGAGUUAUAUAUUGCUUUCUGUGUAAGGAUUAUGUAUAUGACAAAGAUAUAGAACAGAUUGCCAAAGAAACAAAGGAGAAAAUUCUGGGGCUGUUGCCUUCCACUGCAGUAGAUGUAUCUUAUCAGCAGUGUAUGACAUUGGAGGCUGAAGACAAUCAGUCAACCUGUGAGUCAAAAGAACAGGAGACCACCCUGGUAAAACCCAAGAAAAAGAGGAGGAAAAAGACUGUGUAUUAUACUGUAGGCCUCAGAGGGCUAAUCAAUCUUGGCAACACUUGCUUUAUGAAUUGUAUUGUCCAGGCACUUACCCGUAUUCCGCUACUGAAAGAUUUCUUCCUUUCUGACAAGCACAAAUGUACAAUGACAAGCCCAAGUUUGUGUUUGGUCUGUGAAAUGAGUUCACUUUUUCAAGCGAUGUACUCGGGUAACCAAAGUCCUCAUAUUCCUUAUAAAUUACUGCAUCUGAUAUGGAUUCAUGCAGAACACCUAGCUGGGUAUAGACAGCAGGAUGCUCAUGAAUUUCUUAUUGCAAUAUUGGAUGUGCUGCAUAGACACAGCAGAGAUGAUAGCAUCGAGCAAGAAGGGAACCCCAAUAGCUGUAACUGCAUCAUAGACCAAAUCUUUACAGGUGGCUUGCAGUCAGAUUUGACAUGCCAAGUCUGUCAUGGUGUCUCUACAACUAUAGACCCAUGCUGGGACAUCAGUUUGGAUUUGCCUGGCUCUUAUACCUCAGAGAGAGCUAGUGGCACAGUGAGUAGAGACGGCAGCAAGGCAGGAGGCCCCUCACUCACAGAUUGCCUACAGUGGUUUACAAGACCAGAGGACCUGGGAAGCAGUGCCAAAAUCAAAUGCAGUCGAUGCCAAAGCUACCAGGAAUCUACCAAACAGCUCACAAUGAAGAAAUUGCCAAUUGUGGCCUGCUUUCAUCUGAAACGGUUUGAACAUUUGGGCAAACAGAGACGCAAGAUUAACACUUUUAUCUCAUUUCCUUUGGAGCUGGACAUGACACCCUUUCUGGCUUCUACUAAAGAAAGCAUAAUGAAAGGCCAGCCAUUAGCAGACUGUGUGCCCAGUGAGAAUAAGUAUUCUUUGUUUGCAGUGAUUAACCACCACGGAACUUUGGAAAGUGGCCAUUACACCAGCUUCGUACGUCAACAAAAGGACCAGUGGUUCAGCUGUGAUGAUGCCAUCGUCACCAAGGCUACAAUGGAGGAGCUACUCUAUAGUGAAGGCUAUUUGCUGUUCUAUCACAGGCAAGAUGUAGAUAAAGAAUAAUCAUACCCAGAAGGCUUUGCAGAAAAUCAAAGAGCAAGGAUCCUGAAUCGAUACACAAGCCUACCUGGAACGGACAAUUGCAAUGCCAUCACAACAACAAGCACCUCUUAAAGAAACACAAACAUCUACCUGGAGUGAACGGUGACCAUAACAAGUAUAUAACAAGUGACACUUUGGCAUAAAGGAACUGUUUUAACUUGUUCCAUAGGUCUAUGAGAAGAAGACAUUGAACUAUCAGUGGCCAUUUAGCCUUAAGAAUUUGGGGGAGGGGAGGAGAGGUCAAAAAGGGUCACAAAAAAGAAAUUAAGGAAAUCAAGGUGGAGGGAGGUGCGGAUAAAUUCAAAUUACUAUGUGCUUUUUAUUUCUUUAAAGAUAAUUGUGUUAAGUGGGGAAGUAUCUUUUAGGAAAAUGGUUUUUAAUUGAUUGUGUAGUUCUAGUUAUGAGUGCACAAAUAGUCUGAAAAAACAACCAAAUAUUUUAAAAAGAAAAACUUUAAAGCUUUAAAAGAAAAAUUGUUAAAAACGCUUUUGAAAGUUUUAAGAGAACAUUUUAAAUGUCAAAAUUUUAAGUUAAGUAUUUUAGAAGAAAUAUUUUUAAAUGUUUUUAAUUUAAAAUGAUCCCAAAUUGUUAGUAUGUGAAAAUAGAGUAUUUAGAAAUUCUUACAAUUUAAGAUGAAAUAUGAAAAUUUAUAUGGUAGUUAUUGAAAUAAACACUUUAAUUUAAAAAUAGCAAAAGAAAUUCUUUUAGAAACUCAGUGUUUAAAGUGAAAAUGCAUAGAUUCUAAAAUUCUAAAGCAUAAAAUAUAUGCAUUGGAAAACCAAUAUUUACAGAAGUAUGCUUAUAAGAGUUUUAAAUUUUUCAAAAUAUAGAAUGAAAUGAAAUUUUAGUCAAAAUCAGAUAAAGUAGUUUAAAAGAACAACGUGUAAGGUAAUUUGGGGAAACAAAAAAUUGGUUUUAAAUAUUUCAAAAAGAGAAGCAAAUUUUUAAAAUAUUACAAGAGAACCUUAUAUAAAUUCAACUUCAGAGAUUUCAGUAUAAUAGCAAAUUUUAAGUUUCAAAAGAAUAUUCACAAAUUGACAACUGAAAAAAGAAUAUGUAAAUAAGAACGUACUUGAAAGUUGAAAAUUUUAUUUUGUACUUAAGUAUAUUGAAAUAUAGAUGGAUAUAAAAGUUAUAAAUGAAAGAUAAUGGUAAGACAAAAAUGGUUUGUGAACAUAUGUAUUUUUUUAGUUUUAUGUCAAUGCAGAGUUAACUAUAUUGGAAAAAAGUGAUAACAUCAAGAUUUUUCCCAUUUAGAACUCAUUAUUCAUAUACAUCCUUAGCUUCUGAAUGGGGCCUUUUAGUAAUUUUGUGGCUUAGAGAAAUUAGUUCCUAACUGUGAAGUUCUGGCUUUUGGUGUUUAAGCCCCAUGAUCUGACUGAGAAAGUGGCAGGGAGUUCCAUGUCUGAGAAACUCCUAAACUCCCUGCUUUCAGUCUUUUGCCUCAUGGGGAAGCAAGAUCUUUAAUUUCUGCAGUAGAACUCUGGCUUUGUGUUUUAACAGCCCUGCUAACUCCUAUCCCUCUUCAUGCCCAUCCCAUCCCCAUUCCUGAUUCCCUGAGUCCCUCAUUUACCUAGCCUUACCUAGAUCGAUAUAACCCCAGCCUGCAAGGAUCCUUUCUUAAUUAUACACUUGGUGACUUCAUUCCUCUAAGACCAACUCAGAGAUGACUUCUCUGGAGCAUUCCCUGGAUCCCCUAUGCAGGCAUAAAGUAGAUAAUUGCCCCCCUUCUCUCCUAUUGUGCCUCCAAAGUACUUUGUCUAUACCUCGAUAAAUAGUACUUAUUCAACUGUGAUUCUACUGUAGCUUCGUGAAUGUCUGCCUCUCUGCACCAGGUCCUGAGAGCAGAGGGACAAGCCUUAUUCACUUUUGUGUUAAUAAAUGUUUGUUGAAUGCAAAA